AUGGAUCCGGUUGAAGCUGGACCUUGGUUGGUGGGGAGACCGCAACAGCUUAUAUUUCUAACGGGACUGGAUCCCGCUAAUAAAAAAAGUCACGCUGCUCUAGUAAAUUGUUUUAGUUCCUCGAAAGAUAAACCUCCCUUGAAUCUUCGCUUAGUUUCUGGUGAAUUAGAAUUCCCUGCAAAACCCGACAAAGUUGUUACUAAAGGGGUUUUAAGGCGUGAUUGGCCAACAAAGUAUUUGGAAAGAGUUCCUGCACUCAUUGUUCUGUUUCUUGAUUUGGAUUGGGAUCAUCCUUCUUGGGAAGAGAAAAAAACUGAGGCUGAAAGCAAAUGUGAAAGUAUUAGGGCAAGUUGUCGAAAAGAUUCGCAAUUGGCUGUCGUAUUGAUCCAAGAAAGGAAUAUCCUCAACGUAGAGGAACCUCUAGCUUGCGACAGGGCAACUGAGCUUUGUAAUAAAUGUAAUCUCUCUCCGAAACAUCUAUUUGUCAUUCCCAUACUAGGCGAUAUUCAGGGAUAUUCUUCAAAACUUCAAACAACAUUUCAUGAAUUAGCACAAGGAUACUACCAACAAAAACUUCGGACAAUUCGUGCAAGAGUCGUACCACCACACUUAAGCUUCAAUGUUAGACAACUAUUCAAACUCGCCUUUUUGUCCGAGCUUCGACAAGAUACUCAUACAGCUUUAAGAAAUUACCGCCUUGCUUAUGAGAAAUGUAAAGAUCAAGUUGAAAGCUGGGAUGGUGUUGACAUAUUUGAAUGGAGGAGUGUUGUAGGGCUUUUGAACUAUAAGAUGUGCGAGUUAAGUUUUUUGCAUAAUACUGCUGUUGAAGCAAUUAGUCAAAUGAGAAAACACCAAGCAACGUUUUUUGAUAUCAAACCCGGAAAUUAUCCUACGGCCCCUCUUGCGUCUAUCGAGCAUCAGUUAUGGAAGGCGAAACAAUGUUGGCAUUUCGCUCAACUAUUUGAAAGUGCAGUUCAGAAUGGCUUAACAGCUGUAGCUACUUUGAAUCCAGGAACACAUCUUGACAUGGCAGCUUCUAUUUAUUCUUUGGCCAACAAGGAAAUAGCUAUUUUGAAAGCAGCACAACCGAUUCCUGGACCCUAUCCAACUCCUGAUCCUUUAGCUAAUGAAACUGUUUAUUUUGGACAAAGACCAUGGAGAGUCGGCCUUAGUGGAGUCGCUACAGCUGACAUAGAAUUAAAUGCAGUAAAAGCUAUUAUACUGCGGUUGGUGGUGAAUUAUGAAGGUGUCAUCUCUCUCUUGAAUGCGGCUAUGCAUCAGUUCAAACGUUACGGAUGCGCUCGAAUGCAAAAGAAAGUUAUGAAUGAAAUGGCCGAUGUGUACUACGCAAGUGGAGAUUGCGCAAAAGCACUCCAGCUCUGGUCACUCAUCGUCCGUGAUCACAUUCCUCCUACGGUUCGGUCUGUAAUUCUGGUGAAAGCAGCUUGGGCUGCGUAUUCAAUCGCUUCAUUCAAAGAUUUCAUUUGGGCAGCCCUCCAAUUAGGAAAAACUGAAGGAAGUAUUGUGAAUUCUCUAGGAUCCGUCUUGGCAGGUCAACUCCCUGCGUUACCUUUCAACAAUGCUAACUUGACGGAGGAUCAGGUGAACGCUUAUAAAAAUGCUUGGACCAAAACUUUAUCUGAACCACAGUAUUUCACUCUUCAAGUAUCCCGAAUUGAAAUCCAUCUGGAUGUCAAGGUGUAUUUCUUGUGCGAUGCAUCUGUUCCGCCAAAGUCGAAAGUUCCUGUCUACGUUGUACUAUCUUCAGAUUCUCUUUUCAAAUUCGAUUUUUCUUCUGUAAAAAUUGUGUUCGAUGCCUCCGGCAAGAAGAAAACCGACGUAUCACUGAUGGCGCAAAGAAAAAAUUUGGUGAUCGAGCCGAAAAGUUCCGCUUCUUUUGUGCAAAUUCUGGAUCUCAGUAAUUGUAAUUUCACAGAAAAUGACGUCAUAAUGGUUAAUAAUGUUACCUUCGAAAUCGGUCAGAAGAACUCGAACAUGUUCGGUCAAUUAGAGAUGGACGGUACUAUCAUGGCUCGACGCAUGAAGACAAGUCCUACCCAAUACGGAAAUGCUUCUUUCACAAUAUCAUCAGGAACAGGAGGACUAGUUCCAAUGGGAAGCACAUCAGUAGAUUGUCUUGUAGGAGAAGUUGCAGAAUGUAUCUUGCAGCUUCAGAAUACGACUUCUGGUACAGCCACAGACAUAAAAUUGGAAUUCAAGCGAACCGAACAAAAUUCAACUGCGUCAGCUGCUGUGUUGUUCAUGGAUUCAGCAAAUGAGCUUCAAUCUGAUCAGACAAUCCAAUGUCAGCCAACAUUGAAUUCGAAUGAAACGAUGAAUGUUCCUUUACGGUUUUCCGCUCAGUUGGUGGGAGAAAUGGAAUUAACGAUAGAGCUGUCUUACCUUCCGGAAAAUGGGACGAACAGAAUUACAAGCAAGAUAAAAGUUUCCGUGAAAGCGAAUGAUCCUUUUUUCGCCACGAGUGGAAUAUUGACUAUGAAUGGCUUGCCUGUGACUUCGCUUCUGAACUAUAGUGAACACUUGCUCAAAGUUGAUGUAACUGCCAAUGCUGAUAUAACUAUCAUGAACAUCGAAUGGCUUUUGGCUGAUGUAAUUACAAGUAUUACAACUAAUGAAAAUGAAAAACGACUGGAAGAGAAUCUGGCCCGUAAUGAUAUGAUCAACUAUUGCCAUGCCGUUAUGGUCAAUGUUAGCGGAGAUGACAGAGAAGUACCUCUGGGUAGAAUAGCAAUAGAAUGGAGAAGACAGAAUAGCUCCUUUUCCGUUCGUUCCGUGGUGGCGUUAUGUAGAUUACCUGUGUUGCCAUGUCCUGUAUAUAUCACUGCAAAUGUCUUGGAUUCUCCGGCAGUUGUUCAUCAACCAAUUCGGGUUCAAUAUACUAUUGGAAAUCGCAUGGAAGAGACUGUUGAAUUAACAGCAACUUUCGACUUGUCUGAUACAUAUAUGUUUUGCGGAGACAAACGGGUAACUUUCCGACUUUUGCCUGGUGCCACUCGUAUUCUAAAUGUUGUUGUAAUGGCUCUCUCAGCUGAUCGUUUGCCUUUCCCUAGAAUAGCCUUACGCUCAAUUACUGUUCCCGAUCAAACUCUUCAACAUACACUCCGUACUCUUCCAGCAACGUUAUUUGUAUUGCCAUCAUCCAAGCAAACCGCGGAAAUCCAACAGUCGUAA